AAAGGAAGCAGAAAACAAAGUUAAUUACUCACAUCAUGGCAAAGUACCGCCACCACUCGGGAUAUCUGGCUGAUGACGAGGGUGGUCACAGCACCUAUAUGGCUCCGAUGCCCAGGAAGCAUCUGUUGCCAGAAAUGGGGCCGACCUACAACCUUGGCCGUGUGCCAUACCUACCAUCACUGAGCCGAUGCUCAGAGCACCAGGGGCACCAGCAACCCCUUAGGCCUCCUCAGGCGUUUGGCAGCUUCCUGGAUUUUCUCACCGAAGGUCAGGUCCUGGACAGCUUGCAGACGGUUGUGGAGCAGGCAACGGAGCGUGUGGCUGCCAUGAAGACAGAGGCUGGAGUGCCACUAAUAGAUGUACAAGACCCGGUGGAGGUACCAAGUGGUAGGCAUCGGGCUCGAGCCAGACUCAGAGCCAACACUGUGGGUCGGCACCGUGCUCAGCCCACCCUGUGCGCUGGACAGCCAAACAACUACCCAUCUUGCUCCAGCUCCGUGUCUGACUUCCACAGUGGCGUCAAAGCCGGCGGGCUGGACUCCCACAGCCAGGACAGUGACCCAGGUGCCCGAGGCAUAGGGUCACUGCCACCCAUGAGGGACAAACUCCUGCUUGAGAAAAACCUCAAGAGGCUACUACAGCUGGAGAGCAAAGGGGUGAGGGGCUUGGUGCUGUGGCUAAGACUGGCGGAGGGUAGGGCUGGGGCUAGGCCUGGUUGGACACUUCUCAGCCUUCCUCUCUCUUUGCAGAAAGGCCUGUAUCAGUCCAAUUCCCAGAGGGACUCUCUGCUCUGGGACUCUCUGGGUAGCCAGACCAGCAGCCAGUGGACCCAGGAGCCGCCCCUGUCUUGGUUCUCUGGGCUUUUGGGCUCCUGCUCAGCCACCCCUGAAACCUCAGAGCUGCGACUUGGAGAACAGGAGAUGAUGUUCCUCAAACAAGAGUUGAGCAAAGAGAUGAAGUCACUGCUGAGCCAGCCAGCAUCCUUCAACCUGCCUACCUACUGCUCGCUCAGGGAGCCUCAUCGUACCCUGGACUUCCUGGCUGAGCAUCACCUCUUUCCUGCCCUGCAGCGCGUGGUCAGCCAGGCUGUGGACAAGCUCAGCCACGCCUGCCGCCACGAUGGCUUUCCCCUCUUCCCCGUUGCCUCAGAGCCCACCCCAGGGCUACCUGUGACCUCCGAUCUGCUGCAGCCCAGCUCUAAGGCGUCCGAACCCACCGACAGGGAGGACAGGGAGGACAGGGAAGACUCUCCUACCACAGUCUCCAGCCCUAAGACAGCUCGCAAAAAAAGCAAGAGCAGGCGGGGCUCCCCCUCCACGUCAAAUGCCCAGAUGUCCACCAGAUUCAGGCUCAAGAGCCCCAACACCAAAUUUACCAAGAAGAAGCCUCUGCCCUCCAUCUCAUCUGUGUCCAGCCUGUCCUACAUCUCAAACCCCUGGUUUGAGGAACUCACUAACUUCUUGGUUGAGCAGGCAGUAUCCUUGCUUGUCUGCAAGUACAAGUUUGAGGAAAGCCUCAGGAAGCAGCUUGGCUUCAUCUCUUUUCCUAUCACUGAGGUUCUCAUGGACAUCAUUCUGGGCUUCAAGAAGGUGAAGGGCACCCAUAUCCGUCUGUCCUCGGACAUCAACUGGACCUGUCUUCUGCGCAAGCUGGAAGAAGCCGAGUUGGCACGGCAGGCCAUACGGCGCGCCUCCAGGCCCGGAGCCUCCCACCACAGCGCCUCCCACCACAGCGCCUCCCACCACAGUGCCUCCCACCACAGCGCCUCCCACCACAGCACAGACUCCCACUCUGCGCAACCCAAGUUUACUGGUGACACCAGUCAGGACCAGACUACAGAGCCCCGCUUCUCCCUCCGCCCUGAGUUGCCAAUCCGCCAGCUGCUCAGCCCUCGGGGAGAUCCUGGGAUAGGCCAGGAACAGAUGACUAACAGAAGCCUGUCAGAGGACAGGCCCACGCUGCUCCUCAGUGGUGGUAUGGGCUCUAGGCCCUCCCAGUCCAAGGAAGCAGUGAAUACUGAAGAGGGUGCGGACGAGGAGGAAGAGGAGGAAGAAGAGGAUGGAGGAAGUGAGGAGGAGGAAGUCAAGGAUUCCUCUGAGGGUGGGCACACAUCUACCCUGCCUGAGCCUGAGUUGGAUCUCACUAUAAGGAGCUUAAGUGACUCCCUGUGACACACUUGCAAGUCACCCGGAGCACUCCAGUCCUUGUCUUCUCUUGCCCCAUCCAAGU